GUAUCCACCGUCCGCCAUGUCGACGGGGGAGCCAAUCGUGGGUGUCCAUUAGCCGUGGGACGUGGUGGGAGAGGAGAAACAUCCCUGGUUGGCCGAUCCCUGUCUCCCCGCGGGACUCGCCGCGCUCCCGAUUCCUCCCUGCCUCGUCCCAGACUCGACGUCAGAGAGGGUCCUGACGGAUCCUUGCCAGUCCUCGUCACGGUAUCAAUCACACAGCUUCUCACCGCGGGUCUCGCUCCUGUGUCCUUCGUCCGUGCUUCGUCUCCAUCCAUCAGUGUGCCGCACCACCGGCUGGAAUUCUGAGAAUUCUCUCGGAAUCGGAGAAUGGAAGAGGGCCCCGAGGAGAGGAAGGAGAUUCCGUUGGGGAAGGGUACGAAGGACGCGAGGAAUUGACGGAUGAAGGAUGACGGAUGAAUGUGAGUGAGGUUGACGGGGGAUGAGGAGGAUAAUAAUAAUACACGGAAGAUUAAUAAUACACUUCGUGUGAGUUUUGAAGGGGGAGUGAAUUUUUCGAGGAGAAUUUCGAGGACGGGAAGGACGAGAAGGGGAGAGGAAAGUUGAAUGAGAAUUGGAAAUUCUUCGCGGGUCGUUUUGUUCGUUCCGAAGAUUCCGAAAGAUCGUGGAGGGAGAGGGGAUCGUUGUGGCGUGUGCAAAUUGUUGACUUUGACCGGCCACGUGAUCGAACGGGGGGGGAGGUGGAAGAAGAAGAUGCGACGAGCGGUAUUCGUCGGGAUACAUGAUCGAUUCGAAGAUACGAUGACGUUACACGAGUACGAGGUGAAAUGAGAAAUUGUUUAAGACGGUGCGAAACGAUGACACCGAUGAAACAUUGUAAUUAGAUAUAGGAGUCUAGUAAGAGGGGUCGAUUAAGGGAUCGCAGAAGAUUGGAAGAGUAGCGGUCGAGAUGUCGUCGAAAACGCUGCAUAACGAGCAUAUCAAGCGGCCGAUGAACGCGUUUAUGGUGUGGUCACGAGGGCAGCGACGGAAAAUGGCCCAGGAAAAUCCCAAGAUGCAUAAUUCCGAGAUUUCGAAGAGGCUCGGCGCCGAAUGGAAACUGCUCAGCGAAAGCGAGAAGCGGCCUUUCAUCGACGAGGCUAAAAGAUUAAGAGCCCUCCACAUGAAGGAGCAUCCAGAUUACAAGUACAGGCCCCGCAGGAAGCCGAAAUCCUUAGUGAAAAAGGAGAACAAAUUCGGUUUCUCGAUAUCACCGUUGAUGUCCUCGGGUGAAUCCCUGGGCAACAUAUCGAGAAGCCUCCUGCCACCUUUGGCGCCCCCAUCGCACCACACGUUGAUGAGCCACGAGGAUCUCAAGAUCCCCCGUUUUUUCCCGCCGUUUCCAUACCCUCUCUACCCAAUUCAACACAAAUUGGGAGAAGAAUUCAACGGCGGGAAACUGGCCGCGGAUCUCGCUCUCCAAGCUCUCUACGGAGGUGGCACCUUCUACUCCAGCCAUCAGACCAUGUCCUGGCCCGGUUUAUCAACGGCGACCUGUCUCCAGCCCAAUUGCGGAUGUCCAAGCCCCCCCAAAGACCCGAAGAGGCCUUACUUGCCCGCCAAAUUAGACGAAAGGCCGUUUCCAAGCCCUGGCAAGCCGGAAGACGAUGGAUUUCCCUCGGACAGGGAUUCAAGCAGGGAGGAGCCGCGAUACAGAAAACUGGAAGAGGAGAAUUUCUCGUCGUCGGUGGACAGGCAUCAGGAAGACAGAUCGCAGGAUCGAUUCUCCUCGUCUUCCUCCUCCUCCCUCCCCGAUCAAAACGAGAAGAUAGGCAACACCGCGCCGACGACUACGCCGUCAGCGACCACGAAAGUGGAGAGCGCGUUCUCGGUCCAAAAUUUGACAUCGUCCAGCUCGAAUUUAGGCAGCCAUCGUGGCGGCCACGUCAUAUGAAGACCGCUUCCGGUUCUCCCGGAUUUAAACUUCCGGGGGAACCUGGUACCACCCGGAUGGCCCAGCACCGACUGGUGGAGGGUACCACCGAUGCUCUCGCCGAUCCCCCAGGCAACCGUCACCAAUUUGAACGCGCCAGCCAAAGAGGACGAGGUCCAGUUCCAGGAGGAGCAGCAGAGGAAUGGAGUGAUGGCCAGAUCGAGGAGCAUCCACAUUGGAAAUGUACAGUGAUCAUCUCAAAGUUGAGAGAAAAUUUUGAACGAUUCUUUGCAACUCGAGGUAACACAGAUCGUGAUCGUAGGGACAGAUGUUGGGUGGACAUUCGUGUACAUAACGCGAAACGAAAUUCAAUCGAAUGGAAGAUAAUGGAUGAUAAGUGAACUCUUACGAGUUUAGAAGUUUUAGAAUCCGAGAUUGACUAGGAAAUGACCAGGAAGGCUGGAAUACCACCUCGAUCAUUCGUAACCUGUUGCGUUGUGUGAUAAUUCGAGCAGCCUAUUUCUUAGCGCGCCACGUUUUUUACGAUUGUACAUAAUAAUAACGAGGAGAAGAAAUCGCGAAAGAUGUCGAAAAGCUCGAUUAAGUUCCGCUUGAAAUCCGCUUGAUCCCCGCUUCAGCCUUCCACUGCGGAAGUGAAGCGCGCGAUCUUGCUCUCGAUGCCCUUUCUCUCAGCUUUCUCUCGGCGGAAUACGGUUUCCAAAAAAAAAUGGCGUCGAAGAAAAAUGAAUUCGAAGGAAAAUUCGUAAACCGACGUAUCCGGCGGCGGAUACCGCAAAGCCGAAUCGAUAACUCGCCACGGCCGGAAUCCCACAAAGAGAGAGAAAGAGAAAGAGAGAAAGAGAAAGAGAGAGAAUGAGCGAGCGGCGAAAGGGUCUUUUCCGGCAAAAGCGUGUACAGGGAUGCAAGAGAAGAGUCCAAUUUUGAUGAGAUAACCAACCCUCUCCGUGGCACAUAUUACCGCGCACGCGAGCCAAAGCGAGCCACACAGGAGGACAGAAAAGAGCCCCGUACGAGAGGUAGGAGAGAGAGAGAGAGAGAGAGAGAGAGAGAAAAAGAAAUAAAAAUAAAACCCCUCUUCGAGUGGAGGCAAAUCUCUUCUUUGGGGCGCGGCCAUGCGAAAUAAGCCAACCGUUUCUGAAUGCUAACGUAGAUGCGGGCCUGUAUACGCGUUAUACCACCCCCUCGCGAGAUGAUUUUAUUGCGUCGCGCAUCGAUACUGCAACUCUCUCUACGAUAUUUCAACUCAGUUCUCUUUCUUUUUUUUUCUUCUUUUUUUUUUUUUUUUUUUUUUACGGAUUUCCCUUUGUCCCUCGU